ACUUUGGAAUCCACUAUACUUUGUUUCUCUACUUUCAUCUUUUCUUCUCCUUCAAAAUUUCCAGGUUUUUCCUUCUUAAACAUAACACUUUUUUCCUUUUUCUCAAGUCUUUGGCAGGAAAAUGGGAUCAUUACUUUGUUGCAUGAGUGAACAGAAUGAAGAAAAGAGCUUGGAAAGGAAUCUAGAAAAGAAAAUAUCUGAUAUAAGAAGAAACAAAUUUGGACAAUCCAAAUUGAAAUCCAUUGAUACUAUAGUUAUGCUGUUCCCUAUGUUCAAGGAGAGACUCAAAACCUUAAGAGGAAUGUUUCAACAAUAUGAUGAGGACUCUAAUGGAUCUAUAGAGCCAGAUGAACUGAAAACAUUCUUAGAAGAUUUGGAACUUCAUCUACAAGAAAACGAGAUUGAGAAUAUUUUUCAGUAUUGUGACAUUGAUGGAAGCAAGGGGAUACAGUUCAAUGAAUUUAUUGUUCUUCUAUGCCUCAUUCAUAUCCUAACAGAACCUUUAUCCUCUGAUGAUGCACCGAAGGCAGAGUUAGCGCAGUUAGGAGAAGUUUUUGAUACCAUAGUUGAAAUAUUUCUGUUUUUCGAUAAAAAUGGUGAUGGGAAGCUUAACAAGAAGGACAUGAUGAGAACAAUGAAUGAGACGAACCCUAAAGAAAGAUCUCCUGCACACAUCACCAAAAACAGAUUCAAAGAAAUGGACUGGGACAGGAACGGACAAGUCACAUUCAGAGAAUUUCUCUUCGGUUUCAUUAAUUGGGUUGGAAUUGAUGCUGAUGAAUAGAUGCAUAAAAAGAAGUUACACUGAUUCAUAACAAUGUAUUGUAAAUAUCAGAACACUUUCCUUGUAAAUAAAUAUAUAAAUCGAGUUAUGCUUCAACAGAAAGACGCGCACGGAUGGAUACAUUAAGCUUCCGUUAUUAACAUCCCUGCACAUUUUCUGCAUUUGCUUACAGAAUAAAGCUAAGAAAAAACUUAAAAGAUUUGUAAUAAAAUAGUAAAAGCUAUCAGGAUUUGGCUAUAAUGCGCUGAUACAUACUCUCAAGCUUAUUCAGGUGAUCCUCGAGAACAUCAAUUCCAUUCUGUUGCUCAUUCUCAUCAAGCAAAUCUGUAGCCAUUGUAAUUGCAUCCUUGACCUUCUUGUUUUCUUCUGAAGAGAGCUUUAGAUUAAUAUCCUUCUUCUUCAACUCAUUUCUCACUUUGUAAAUACAGAGGUCCAGUGCAUUCAUUACUUCCGCCUUUCUUAAGAAUUUCUUAUCUUCAAUACGGAAAUCUUGAGCUUCUUGAAUCAAUCUUUUAAUUUCUUCAGUUGACAACCUUCCCUUGUUAUUGGUUAUUGUAAUUUCAUUCAUGCUACCAGUUGAGUUAUCGAUGGCAGAAACGGUUAAAAUACCGUUUUGAUCAACAUUAAAGCACACAUCGAAAGGAUGGCCACGAGGAGCAGGGGUUAAACCAGAAAGAAUGAAGGAACCAAGAAGAUGAUUAUCAGUUGCUUUUGGUCUCUCACCCUCGUAGACCUCAAUCAAAACUUUCAACUGAUCAUCUUUAAUCGUAACAUAUUGUUUUGUCUUCUUGACAGGAAUAGAAGUGUUCCUAGGAAUUACAAAAGCCAUGACAUCAUUUAUUAACUUCCAACCAAGAGACAGUGGUGCAACAUCCAUCAGAACCAAUUUUGGAACACUGCUAAAGCUUCCAGUCAACAAAGCGGCCUGAACCGCUGCACCAUAAGCAACAGCCUCGUCAGGGUUGAUGCCCUUGCAUACUUCCUUCCCAUGGAAGAAGUCUUGCAAUAGUUGCUGCACUUUAGGAAUCCUAGACGAUCCACCAACAAGGACAAUAUCGUCAACGUUACUCUUGUCCAUUUGAGCAUCAGUAAGACACUUCUCGACAAUCUCCAUGCACCCAUCAAAAAGGUCCAUAUUAAUUUCAUCAAACUUGGCACGAGUGAUUGACGAAGAAAAAUCAACACCCUGAAAUAAAGCAUCCACCUCAACAUUGGUCACAUUAGCAAAAGAAAGUGUUCGUUUUGCCUUCUCACACGCAGUUCUCAACCUCCUCAAGGCUUUUGGAUUCCCAAUAAUGUCUAACUUUUUCUUCCUUUUGAUCUCCUCUACAAAAUAGUUCACCAUUCUAUUAUCAAUGUCCUCUCCUCCAAGGUGAGUGUUUCCUGCAGUAGCCUUAACUUGGAAGACCUUAUCCUUAAUAGUAAGAAGAGACACAUCAAAAGUCCCACCACCAAGGUCAAACACAAAAAUAUUCCGUUCUCCAACGCAGUUAAUUCUCUUGUCAAGGCCAUAUGCAAUAGCUGCAGCAGUUGGUUCAUUAAUUACCUUCAAAACAUUAAGACCAACAAUGAUACCAGCAUCAAUAGUGGCUUUUCGCUGCGAAUCAUUAAAAUAAGCCGGGACAGUAAUGACAGCAUUCUUAACAGGUGAUUCCAAAUACGCCUCUGCAAUCUCCCUCAUCUUUGUGAGUACCAUAGACGAGAUUUCCUCGGCACAGAAGCUCUUAUCUUGCCCUUUAUAGUUGAGGGAAAUCAUUGGUUUGUCAUUCACACCUGCAAUGACCUUGAAUGGCCACAACAUUAUAUCUUUUUGAACAAUAGGAUCACUAAACUUCCUGCCAAUCAGUCUCUUAGCAUCUGUUAAAAUAUGAAAAAUUAUUUAUCAUUAUUCACUUGAACAGGGAUGUAAUGUAACCAUAACAAUACAUAGUUUCUUUUUUCUUUCUCAAUACUCAAGCUCAAAUGUAUAAAAAAAGAAAAGAAAAGAGAAGUUACCAAA